GGGCCGGACAUUCCUGUGCUGUACAUUCUUGUGUUGGACAUUACUGUGUUGUACAUUGACGGCUCCCAACGUAGUUCACUGCAGUCUGUGGUAUUGUGUUCUGCGUGUUCUGUGGUGUGGUCACUGAUUUAAAGAGUUAUAGUUUAUAGUAGGAGCUGAAGCUGAACACUGAAAUGAGCCCUAAGAAAUCACUCUUCAAAAUGAAAGCGAAUUUCCUACGCCAAGUACGAAGAUUCUCAAAUGUUGCGGGUGAACACCGAAGAAGAGUCGUCGUUACAGGGUUAGGUGUAGUAUCUCCUAUCGGUACAGGUUGGCUGGAGUAAUACCGAGAGUGAGGGGUGAUAUUGUAUCAAACGCAUUAUCACCAACCAACUUAAAAGCUAUGGCCCCCGCAACCUGUUUAGCUAUGCUUGCAACAUUGGAAGCAUUAAAUGAUGCAAACUGGAUGUCACAGUCAGAACACGAAUUAGAAAUGACUGGUGUAACUCUUGGCAUGGGAAUGAUUGAUCUUACAGAUGUCUGUAAUACAUAUGAAAUGUUAAAAAAAAAUUAUAAUAAAGUCAGUCCAUUUUUUGUUCCUAGAAUAUUGCCAAAUAUGGCAGCAGGACACAUUAGCAUUAGAUAUGGUUUUCGUGGCCCAAACCAUGCAGUUUCAACAGCGUGUGCCACAGGAGCUCACUCAAUCGGUGAUGCUUUCAGAUUUAUUAGAAACGGUGAUGCAAAUGUAAUGGUUUGUGGAGGAGCUGAAUCCUGCAUUAGUCCACUUGCUAUUGCUGGAUUUUGUCGGCUAAGAGCUUUAAGCACAUCAUUUAAUGAAGAACCUACAAAAGCUUCUAGACCGUUUGAUAAGAAAAGAGAUGGGUUUGUAAUGGGUGAAGGUGCAGCAGUGCUUGUUUUAGAGGAAUAUGAACAUGCUCAGAAAAGAAAUGCGAAGAUCUAUGCUGAGAUUCUAGGGUAUGGAUUGUCAGGGGAUGCUUCGCAUAUUACAGCUCCUAGAGAAGAUGGCAGUGGUGCUAUUCUGUCCAUGAAGCGGGCAAUGAAAGACGCUAACAUAAACAAAGAAGAAAUUACAUACAUCAAUGCUCAUGCCACUUCUACUCCUAUAGGAGAUAACAUAGAAUCAAUGGCAAUCAAGACCCUGUUUGAUACCCAUUGUGGAAUGAUAUCAAUAUCAUCAACUAAGGGUGCUCAUGGACAUUUGUUAGGUGCAGCAGGAAAUCUCGAAGCUGUGUUCACAAUUUUAGCAUGUCAUUAUGGGAUCCUACCCCCAACAAUAAAUUUGGAGGAACCUCUAGAUGACCUAAACUAUGUUGCCAAUGUUCCCCACACCUGGGAAUCCAAAAGGAGAAUAGCCUUGAAAAAUUCAUUUGGAUUUGGUGGUACUAAUGCAACACUAUGUAUAGGGCAGAUUUAAGAUUUUGACCUGUGCCCCAGAUGAAUUUUGUUACUUUGAUAAUACAAGGAACUUGAAUGAGAUCAGAUAACUGGUGUAGACUAAAUUAUUAUAACUAUGCAAUAUAAUUAAAAUUUAUGCAAAAGAAAUAGGCAAUUAUUUAUAAUGGCAUGUGAUUUAAAAACUAAAACCCAAUUACAUUGUAUUAUAAUAUAUUUAAAACUGAGUUACAAAUGUUUUUGACAUUUUUAAUAACAAUGGCAAACUUGCCCAAGGUAACUCCCG